AUGAAAAGUGCAAUAGCAAUCAACCCCGGAUUUAAAAGUGGCAUACGUAAUACAGUCUUAGCUACCAAGAAGGUAGAAGAUAUUUGGUUUCGAAAAAAAUCGGAGUACACUAAAUAUCUUGUUUGGAGAUAUGUUGGCACAGCCAAUGGUGUUUUCAGAAUGACACCUGGAACUUUGCUGGCCAAAUCUUACGAUCCGAGGAAAAGACCAUGGUUAGUAGUUUAAGGUUAUAAAAUUUACAUUGGGAGUAUGUUUCACAUUCUUCCAUCAUCUUUUAACUUUAAAAAGUGUCUUUGGAGUCAACCAAGCUUUGUCUUCCACCCUCUGUGUAGACAUCAUUCGUUCACAAACACAAAAGUAUGAUAAUCCACCCGAACGUCCCACAUACCUAUGCUAUUGGGCGAUAAAGCUUUAAUUACCAUAUGAUAUAUCACAUUAUCAUUUCACCUUUGUCAUUUUUUAGGUACCACACCGCUCUCAGCAAUACGGGGUCAGUUGCCCUGUCCACGCCCUAUAUAGACGCCUUCGGUGCGGGAGUGGUGAUAACUGCAGCCCACACCCUCUACCGCGGUGAGACAAACAGUCAGCAUAGUACAAAUGAUCAGGUUAUUGGAGUCAUGGGCGCAGAUUUCCCCCUAUCAUACUUUCAAAAGUAAGCAUAUCAUAUUUUGUAGACCGCACUUCCAAUACAUAGCUACCAUAUCUUUGUGUCUAUUUCACUCUGUGCAAAACAGAUCAUUCUUUUCUUAUUCUAACCAUAGAUACUUAAAGUACCGAGGUGACUUCCUUUCCAGGCUAAAUACGUUUAAACCGAGGUUGUCUUGUUCUAGUUUUUGCCUUAGUAAUAACUAAAUACUUUUGUUUCAGACUUCUGACAGAUACAUACCCAAAGUGUGAGGAGAGCAGCUAUGAUUGUUUUGUUUUGGACAGUGCUGGAUUCCUAAUCAUGCACAAUGAUUUCCUACAGCCAGAUAUAACGACAAAAACUCUGGAGUAUGUCCACAUCACAGAAAAAGAGAAAGACAUCUCCGAAGAUCUGAUACAAAAAGGUUAUCUGGUAAAGAAGGAAUGUCGAAAUUUGGAGAAAAUCGGCUUGCAGAGCUUUUACGAGCUAAAGCUUCCAUUUCAAGGAGUGAGUACUCUUGAGAAUGGACAACGUUGCAAGAAGUAUCAGCUCUUGAAAGUUGGUGGAAGUAAUGCCUUUUUGGGUAAGAGAGAUGGGAAAAAUCUGACAGGUGUUUUACAAUAAAAAAUAUAUUUAAUUUACGCUGGGAACGUUUCUUUUCUCUUUUGCAUCAACAGGAAUCAUAUCAAGGGAGAGCUCGUGUUCAUCCAAGACUUGCAGCUGCUCCACUAACAAAGAAUGUUCCAACGUGAAGGGAUUGACUUGCGAAUGCCCUUGUUCCUCACGCCUUGAAUUUCAUUACUGUAGGAGUGAAUUUCCAGCCAGCAAGUAAGCUUAUCAUAAUGUGAAAAGUUGAUAGCACCGGGUUUCGUAUGUAAGCUGAACAGCUUUAUUUUCUUGCAGUAUUUCCAUUUGUCCCGUGCCAGCGACUGUUGUUCUCUCUGAGCGAGUAAAUGAUCCUUCAGUAAAUGGCUUAGGGAAAUGUUUCGACCCACAAUGUGACAAGAAGCCUGAUUCAGAGUCAUGUGACGGAGUCGUGGGCUGCUAUUGGUGCGUUAGAGAUAAGUUCAAUACUCCUCUUUCCAAGAAAUACUGCGCAGAUAUCAAUACCUGCUAUGGUGGCAGACAAGGUAGAUCUUAAACUCUUUAUUCGAAGACACUUUUUUCUGAAAUGUGCAUCAAAUAAUUUACGUACUUAAUUGUUCGCUCUGCAGGCACGAUAGCCCCAGGAAGCGGUAAUAUUCCAACCAACCCCACCAAACCAGAAGAUGACGACGACGAGGGUGGUCUCUCGGCAGGUGCCAUCGUUGGUAUUGUUCUGGGGUCGAUCGCUGCCAUUAUUGUGCUUACUUUCAUCUUUGUUAAAUGUAAAAGAGAACAUUUUUCAAAAUGCAACGCACCGCCGCCCAUCACCCGUCCACCAUACCCACCUAAGUUUGGUGUUCCUGUGCAUAGCGCAAGUGUAAAUAUACCACCACCUCCCAGUUAUGAUCAGAUGAUGUCAUCUUUUCCUACCGCUUCUGCACCGCCCUAUGAACAUUAUCAUAAGGGUUUACAUUAAGUAGAACUUGAUAAUAAUUUCACUCUACCGGAAGUGGUUCGUAAACGAAAGGAUGAUCCGGUGACACUGUAAUACUCCCCUAUUUUUACACAGAUCCUACUCUUAAUCUAAUAAGGUGUUAUAAAUAUUAUAUCAUAUGCUUAAAUAAUUUUAGCCGAGCCUUAUCGCAUCGAACCUGUUUGAGGCACAAGCUACUACGAUUUAUAAAAUAAACGCUUCGCAUUUCUCUCACUGCAAGGUUAAUUCUCCAUAUUUUGUAAUUCUGGUCAGAAAAAUUUCACUUUAUCAACAGCGUCCAUCGACAAAGUCAUCUCCAAGGGAGGAGUCAUUUACUAAUCAAUAUAAUAUCUAUGCUAUCUCAUAUGUCAAGGAUAUCUUGUUUCAAAUAUGAAAAUGAGAGCUAAAAACAACUCCAAGGGACUCUUAUAGGUGAGGGAAAAAGAGGGAAGUAUUUUCUUUUCGUAGCAUAUUUUCGAAGUUCAAACGAGGCCUGUAAAUACAAUCAAUAUUUAGGAUUUAAAAUCCAAGCUCUCGUCGACUAUUAGCAUAAUAAAUAAACUGUGUUGGAAAUAGAAAAUUUAAUAUCACUAGGUGACCAACUUAAUGUAAACAACAGAUGUAACGGUAGCAUGGAUCGAAAACCAAGAGUAACAAUGUCGCUUACUGUAAAGACACAAAGAUAAGAUAAAAAUGCAAUUGGUCGGUUCUGUUUAGUCUGUACAUUCCUAACCCAUGUUUCCUUAAAUGAUAUUUGUUGUGAACGACUUUCAUUCCUUAAGGUCUAACUUUAGUUCCAUAUCCUGUCUCGUUUGGAAAAAAUAAAACCAGUUCGAGUUUUCAGCCUAGAAUAUAGCAGUUACACAAGGUGUAUCCAAAAAAGAUGGCUAACUCGAAAUAAGCCGAGCUUUCUUUCUCUAUGUUCGCCAGGAACGUUCCUCCCAAUCGCCCCAUGUGAUGCUCAAAUUAACGGGAAAAUAAUAAGGGAACUCGAUCGAUCGAUAGAUCACGUUUUAGAAGAGCCACAAUCAUUCAGAGAGCGACGCCUUACAGACGACUUACUAAUGUUUGACCAAAGAGAACGACUUAACUGUAUCGGAGAAGCGAAAUUUACCAACCUCUAAAGACUUACGACAUUUGAGUCUUGCAGUCAGUAACAUCACUGCAAACAAAGCAUGUUGGAAACGGACUUAUAGCACUCGACUGUCAUAAUCAGGAGAGAUUUAUUACGCAGUCUUUGUAGCAUACAAGUCUCAAAAAACUCUGGGAUUAAGGUUUGCAAAUUUACUCCGUUUGAGGAAACGUGUUUUGUGAUGUCACUGAAAAAGUAAUAUCAUAUGACAUUUGAAAUCACGAGGAACCUGUUUUUUCUAUGGAGAAAAAUUUAUAAAUCAGUUUGAUUUAUCGUUGCGAGCAUCAAAACAAUCAAAAUAGCAUUUACAAAUUAUGCACAUUUAAUUAGGUAGCCAAGCCUUAAUACGCUUGAGUAAGUUAGCGCAGUGCCUCAAUUGUCGGACAGGCUCAGAAUGAAAAGAAACCAAAGAGAUGGGUUAAGAUUCUGCGCUACAAUAGAUAAGCUCACGGUUACGUUUGUUGUACAUUCAACCUCGGUUUUCAGUGAAUCUGAUCACCCGUACGAGAGGAGUUUUUCCGUUUCGCUCCUGUAUGAGGGUUUUGUUAGAGAAUACCAUUACACUAAUUUCCUGCUGCGGUUUCAAAACGCCUUAAGAGUGUUCAAAAUAGUCGCGCAAUUAACAUGCCUUUCAUAAUGCUUCCAUUCAGAUGCAAAUUGCUAACGCAUAAAUAGUUUCGCAGAAUUAUUUGCCGAACAUUAAAAAUGAACUUCCGUACAUGAGGAAGGGAUCUCAAAAUGGUUUCUGUCCACAGCGCUCGCGGUCUAAUUAGACGUCAAAUCGUGCUGAUAUUCCUUACGUUCUUGUCGUUCUCAUCCAGAGCUUAUGCAAGUCUUUUAAUCGAACCCUCUUUCAUAGGACAAAAGCUACAAACCUUUGCGAAGGAGGGCCUCGGUGUUGACAAGAUGCAGGUACGUGUAACAAAACGUAACUUCGCCGUUGUUAAAUCAACGAGUUACGAAAGUGAAUACUGAUUAAUGCAAAAAAAAAAAACUACUUUCAUAAUAGAUGAAACGGAAAACAGUACGGGAUAACAAGAAUAUCGAGUGAAGCAAUAUCAGUCAGUGAAAAACCUUUAACCGAGCUGAAUUUGGUGAAGCUCUUGUGAGGCUCUGCGUCGAGGAAAUGAUUCAUCUCAAAUCCCUUUUUCUUUCGUAUCUUACAACCACGAAGUCGUCAUGAUUUAAAAUAUUAUGCUCGCAAAGCUAGUAAAACUUGACUCGUGCAGAUUGUGUGGUAGCCCGUUCAUACAGUUCAUAUUUGUUUAUCAAUCCGACAGUAAAACAAAGUGAAAAAAUACCCAAACGCCAAUUUUUCUGUAAAAAUAAUCACACCGAAAGACCUAAUUAUGCUAAGUUAUGAGAUAUAGUUAGGAACAUCAAGAUUUCAGAUUGAAACCAGGUCACGAGAUCUACAAACGUGCUGUUGAUUAAAGCUGCAGUUGAUUGAUUUCUUCCUGUUAACUGUUUGCAUUCAAUCGAUGUUUAGAAUCGAUCUAACACUAAAACUUAUCCAACUAAGUACAUGGUGCUUUCAGUAAAAGAAAUCCACUCAAUUUUAUGUCUUCAAAGCGAAAGUAAAAAGGCCACAUAAAGUUGUGAGUAGUUGUCCACGUUUCAUAGUAUAUUUAUCACAUUUAAGAGCACCCCGCAGGCAGAAUUAAUUCUACUCACAAUUUAACAUAACUUUGAAGAUAAAUUGAUUACCGAGCUCUAACAAAUAUCUAACUCUGAGAAUCAGCUACCUUUUGUGAACGAGUUGACUUUCGAAGCCGAAAACUGAUAAUAUUUACUCUUUCGAAAUUAUCAUGUCAUCCUUUUAAUAUGUUUCGUAAGCUCAUCGGAAAUUAAGGACUUAGCAAAGUGUUUGUUUGGCUCAUUAUGAAUACGCUUCUUCAUAGCUGUCUGAUGUUAACGACUUUUUAAUUCUAUGGGCUAGCAAAACAGAGAGUGAUAACGCUUUAAAAUGUUGACGACUUAAAAGAUAUGUUGCUCGCGCUUUGCAGAGAUUAUUCUUGCAUUACCGAUGUUAAGAAAAAGCAAAUUCGAAAUCGCCUGAGAAAGCGCCUCAACCGGUGCUCCAAACUGGAAAUUAUGUAUCGCUGGGUAGAUUUAUUUCCAUUCGUCAUUUAAUUAAUUAAUACGCAAGUAGACCUUAACGCCAUUUCAAUUCAUUGAUGAAUCGCUGAAUUAAUUCUAUAGUCACUGCACUCUUGCAUUAAUUUUGUUCCAUUAUUGCCAAAUUCGCAAUUAUACAGCCAGAUGUCAACAUCAAAUCGUCACGAAAUAGCAAAUAGCGUGAUGAGUUUAAUUCACAACCGCAACGAGCGACGAUUAGAUGCAAAAAAAAAAAAAAAAAACAUCUUACCACCAGGAUGUUUGUGCAGGUAGUGUAUUGUGAAUACUCUCAUUAAGAUGGCAAUGCAUUUAGGGAAAUAUGCAAAGCUCUAAGUGCACUUAAACAUGACCGAGCUCGAAGAAUGACGGAGGUUGAAAUGAAAGCCAUGCCACAAAAUGUUCCUUGCAUCCUCUUGAAGCGAAUGAGAAAAUACGACUUCGGCAAUAGUGUUAAGGACACUAGCCAGAAGGCUCAUUUUUAAUGAAUUAGUUAUUGAUGAGUUUAAUUAUUUCUAUUAUCCUGGAUACGAGCCUAGCUACAAUGUUUAUCCGUUUGUUUAUGUUUCUAUUUGUUUAUGUAAUCGGAUCUUAGGUUUAUUUUUCCAGCAUUGGGCGAAAAUAUAUGAAUUAUUUUCAAUUAAUUUGAGAUUUAAAGGCCAGAAUUGUUUCAGAUGCCAGUGAACGCCCACCAUUUAUAUAAGAACGAUAGGCUGUUAAACAGCCACCAAAUUCUUGUAUUUUUUGGUACUUUAACGUAGUUUGUAUUAGUUAUCAUCAUUUUAAUCUCGUUAUCGGCGUUAAGGCCCAGCUUUUUACAUGCAAUUUUGUUUAUGUAUUUCGCAACAUUUCAUCAGAUUUAAAGAACUUCGUUGCAUUAUUGUUUCAGUUUACGAUCGAUCGUUCGUUCGUUCGUUCGUUCGUUCGUUCGAUUGAUUGAUUGAUUUAUUGCAAGAUUAAUGCCGCAUUCACACCGAAGCUUAAACAUGUUUAAAAGUUGUUUUGUUAAACACAGUUUAAUUUUUUUUUUCUUUUUAGAAACUAUUUAACCGAAUAUUUUUGACUUGAAUGUAGCACAUUGGAAAUGCAAGUGAGCAAGUACUUGAAUCCAAUGGAAAAUCAAGUUUUUCAGUGCUCUGUUUAUAAUUUUCAUUCAAUGAAAACCAGUUUAACAAAACAUGUUUUGCUGGUGUGAAUGGGGUAUAAGAUCCGUCAACUUUGGUCUAUUUCAAUAUCGAUCUGUAAAAUAGCCCCCAAACACCUCGUCAACCGCGUCUUGGAGCGGCACCGCUUGGAAUUAGAUUUUUGGUCGCCGCAAGCGCUAUGUGUCGCAAAUCACCCAAAUUGACCUGACUGUGCUUAUUAACCAAGAAGUUCUGAAGCUCGAAACUUUGCCGAGGAAUAAAUAUGUCUAACUCUUUUCUUUUGUUUCAUAGGAGUAUUUUGAUAGCCUCAAAUACUACGAACGAGAAUUGCGAGGAACCAAUAUCGUUCCUCUGGCAAAUAAACUCAGGGAUAUCUUCAAGGCAAGAUUUACUAUCGCAGAGCGGCUCAAAAAAGCUGUCGAAAAUGCUUACGGCACGACAGAGGAACCCUUUCCAGAGUGCUGUAAAUUCGACAAAUCUACACUAAAGUAUGAUGUGAGGUUCCGCUCUAAAGUAAAUCUUAACAGUAUGUGUUUGAAGAUCGCUGGAACUGCUCCAAAAAAUCCAAUACAUCUAGACAGGACGAUUUUGAAGGAAAUGAAAGCCAUCUCAGAUGAAUAUCCUUCUGUCAAGUGGCAGUAUUUUGGAUCAGAACAGGGUGUCAUGACAAACUUUCCAGCGUAUGACGACACUGUAAAGUGUGACGGUUAUGACCCUCGCUUCAGACCAUUUUAUGUGGAGACUGCUACGCCUGAAGCUAAAGAUGUGGUGCUUGUGAUUGAUACAAGCUUUUCUAUGGUCGGAGACAAACUAAAUACAGCCAAAGAAGCUGCGAAAACCGUGCUGGAUACAUUGAACCCCAAAGACCAGGUUGCUAAGCUAGUUGCCACUACAUUGUUCUUGAAAGGCUGGGUUUAGGGUUAGGCUCCUCCAUAGAGAGAGUUUUUUUUUUUAUUCAUUUCCCCACUUACGGUGAGCAGGUAAUCCUCUCAAGGCCAGAAUAACAAUGAUGGAGACAGUUGUGAAAUAGUGGUUGUUUUUCGAGAGGUGAGGGUACCACGUGACCAUCUAUCAUCUUUACCAUAGGUUGGUAUCGUGUCAUUUGUUGACAAAGUGAAAACUCCAAACAGUGAAAACUGCUACAGUAAACAACUCGCUCUUGCAAUACCUCCAAAUGUAAGAAACAUGAAGUACUUUGUGACAAAUCUGGCAGCCUCCAAUGGUAAGAAUUUUUGUCGAUUGACUAAGAACCUAUUUACCAGCCUUUAAGGCUAAAGAACAAAAGAUAAAAAGUCAUUUGGAACUAUUUUCUGGGAAACUAGACGAUAGAGUUCUGGGUUCUUGCGUACAUGCAGUCAUCGAAGGACAAAGCUCAAAACUUAAAACGUUUUUCACUCUGUGAGUUCACUUCUCAGGUCUCGGAGUUCAAAAGAUAAUGGUUUAGAAUCUUCAAAAAGCCCUCGCAUCACUUCUUUGACUCACUCUCUCACGGACGUUUUACAUAAUCAGUCUUCAAUCGUAUUUUUGUUGCUUUCCAGGGUUUACGAAGUUUAAACCAGCCUUUGAGAAAGCGUUCGACCUGCUGCAAGGAUCAGUACCCAGAGGCUCGGGAAAAAAAAGGAAAAGGGUCAUCUUAUUUCUCACGGAUGGAGCUCCAACGGAGGAAAAGGAAAUCAAAGAUGUAUUUGUCACAAUAAGAGACAGGAAUGUGGAGCUUAACAACUCCGUCAUCAUUCUAACAUAUGGAUUCAAUAAAAACCAAGAUGACAUUCUGAUCCAAAUUGCCAACCAAAACGGGACAAAACAUGGUGUUGCGGCAAAUACAUCUGUUGGAGACGUAGCGGUAAUAAAAAACAACUACAUUUCUAGUAUUUAAUGGUACAUUUAGUGAAGUUUACUCUGGUCAGAUUCGUACCAAAGAGAAUGCAAUAAACAGGUGCGCAAUAUGAAGAUCUCAAGAGCGAGAGAGUUUAGGCCACAAUUUCUUCAACCUCUCUCUGUGCUGCGUAAUCAAUUAAUCACUUACUGUAUUUAAAUAACAGUCUCAUUUACUUUCCCCUUAGCGUGGAAGUUACACCUACAUAGAAGACAUCAGAACGCUGAGAAGUAAAAUGGCUACUUAUUAUGACCUGUUUGCUGAACAGUUUAGUCAACCAAUUGUCUCUGUUCCGUAUGUUGAUGCUUGGGGAACAGGUUAGGCAUAGUAAUAGGCCUUAGAAUUGGUAAUGGUGAACAAUAGAUUUAGAGAUUUGAAUGUUUUUCAUGGCUCACAAUACUACAAAGCCUUUCUUGUUAUCUCUAGUUCAAAUGGUUGGUCUGUGUUCUGAAUCCUUCGCGGUGGAGGAAGAGACAGAUGGCUAGCUCCAUUACUUAAUAAACUUCUAUAUUGAGACAAUAGCAUGUAGAUCUUUCGGAAAGUUAAACUGAGAAAAUAAGAACAUGUUUAGUUGGUUCGGUCCCCAAAGCUGAAAACAAGAUGUAAUUUGAACUACGCUAAAUAUUCCUCAUUCGCGUGUUAAUUUCUUUCCCAGGUUUUUCUUAAUCUUCUUUUAUGGUUUAGUUGUUAUCGUUGCAUUGUUUGCACUAAGCACCUUCCUUUUCACCUGCCGCAUUAUGAUACUUUAACUGUUAUCGUCCUUCCUGUUUGUUGUUAUUGUUUUCAUCGUCUUCAUCUGCCUCCCUUCACUGAAAUUACAGGUCAGGAAAAGAAAAGAUGAGUGUGACCAGAUGCAUUAAUCUUCCUUGCAAAUAUCACCCACUCUGAGUUACAAAUUUUCAUGGAGUUAUUCAAAAUUGCAUUAUUGUAGCUUCAUCAUGCUCUACUUGGUCGACUUGAAUUCUUCUUCGUUUAAUAUCGUUUCCUUACGGUUUGUCACCACGCACUCUCCAUCAAUGUAUUUAUUUAUAAACUGAUGAUAAUUAUUCUCCAGGACUUCUGGUAUCUAUCACCAUAGCUUGCUAUAACCAUGGAAAGUUCAUAGGUGUUGCUGGAACUGACAUUAACAUUGAAGACCUAAUGCCUGACUUCACCAAAUAUUUCAAGCAAGGAAGAACCACUUAUACUUUUAUGAUCACUAAAUCUGGAAGGACCCUGAUCCAUCCACUCCUCCCAGCACCAGCUGACGCUUAUGGGGAUCCUAUUUAUAUGGACAUAAGGAACCUUGAGCGACCAGAGGCAGACUUCAAGGAAGUCUUUGAAUCAAUGACGAAGUAUGUUGUUCAUAGCCUUGCCUGGUACCGAGGUCUUUGAGCACCAUUUAUAAUAUUUCAACAAGAAAAGAUUUCGUAAUCAAAUAUGACAAUUAUAUCAAUGCUGCAUGAAGCAAAUGUAAAGCAGUUUACGUUCUAUCCCUUUGGAAACUAUGGAGUUUAAUGAGCGCCAUAUAAAUUCAUAUGGUUAGAUUGAUUCAGUACAUUAACUUACGUAUUAACACUAAUAAAUCGAUACCUACAAAUAAUUAUCAUAAACAUAACAGAAAAAUUAGCAAAUAGGCUGCAGACGUAACUUUUGAGAAAGAGCUCUUUCCUUCGUUCUAAUGAGGGCUUUCGCUCGGUACAUCAUUUACGAAGAAGUUGUGCACUCAAGGGGGAGUCGCUGAAGCUCGAAAUAACUGGACGUGAGUAAAAACUCCUAUAUUCGCCCAAUAUCCUAUAAAUUACGUUUAAAUUCCUGAUGUAAACUCAUAUUCAAAAUCAUUAAUCCGAAGUUUUCAUUACUUUACCAGCGGCACAAAAGGGUCUAAAUCAUUCAAAGCCACUCGCUAUUUACCAAAAGGAGGUGUUACAUUAGAUGGAGUCACGGAGACGUCUAUUGAUUCAACUUACCACUGGUAUCCUGUGUUAGAGACGGAAUUUUCUGUUUGUGUUGUUAUACCUCCCUCUUUAAAGAAUGAUGUGUUAAGACCUCUGCAGAUCCCACAUGGUAUGGAUGUUGUGAAUGUUUUGUUGUUAAAUAAACAAAAUUCUGCACACUGUUAACUACGAAUUUUUAUUCUCAAUUGCGUGGUUCCGACUGUGUCUGCCUGUUGGUCAUGAGUUAUUCUGUCUUUCUGUCUGUUUGUCUGUUUGUUUCUUGGUGCCUAUAUUACUACCUGUCUGUCUGUUAGUUUGUCCGCUAGCCUAUUGGACUCUCUGUCGGAAUAAGUUACUGACUAACUUUAUUGUCGGUCAAUAAUCAAAGUCUGAGUGGUCUUUAUUGAUAAAUUUAUAGUAAAGAACAGAUCCAAAUAGAUUAAAUAUUAAUUCUGUUUUUUUCCAUUAGGCUACACAUUCACGUAUCACAGAAUAGACCUGUUACCGCCGAGGAAAGUUUGCUCAUAUUUCGGUAAUACGACAGCUAAAGGUAAAUAUCCAAACAGCUGGUGGGCCUGGUAAAGAUUCAAAUCCUGGCUAAUUCAAUCCAACUGAUUUGCUCUUUUCUUCAGACACCACCGUUGUGAAAUUUGCCCCCGAUGCCUUCUUAGACCCGUACACGUAUAUAGGAUCACAGGAGACCAAUGUAACUGUUCUGUCACUUGACAACUAUAUGACGAAACGACCUGGUAGCGAGUCAUACUCCAAACUAAGAAGUGGUAUACGAGACUCGGUGACUGCUACUUGGAAACUGGAUGAUAUUUGGUUGCACAGUAAAACAAACUUCACACAGUACGUGAUCUGGAGGUACAUAGGUACAGCUAACGGUGUAUUCAGACAAACUCCUGGUGGAGCCUUGCGAAAAAAUUACGAUCCAAGAAAGAGACCAUGGUAUGUGGCAUUAUUUUUUGAAUUUUCAUUCGGUUAAUCAUUUUUCGCUCUAUUUAUGAAGUUUGACCCUUCUUACUCAAAGGAUGUCAAUAGAAAGCAUAUCAACAUUUUUUUGGUGAGGUCGAAUCCAUGUCUGGUUUGGGUAAAAUACGCUCAUUCCUUUUACAGAGACAUAUCUGCUAAAGGUUGUGUUCUAACUGAAGAGAUUUUUGUGUCUAUAACAGGUAUAACACAGCCUUACUUCAUCACGGAUUACUCACGCUUACAACACCGUAUUUGGAUGUGGGAGGGGCUGGAGAGGUAAUAACUGCAGCCCGUGCCUUAUUUCACGGUGAAUCAAAUCACUUGUAUCGGGCUUAUGAUGAAGCACUUGGUGUAUUGGGGGCAGAUUUUCCAUUGAGGUAUUUUUACAGGUAAGCUUACUGCAGGUAGAUAAAGGGAGUAAGUUUCUAAAGAAACUGUGGUGCUGCGUCUGUGGAAGAGUAUAGCAGGUAAUUUAGUGUUACAACUGAGUUGAAAACGUAAAUUGACCACCGUAAAGAGUAAAAAAGUCGACAUUUCGAGCAUUAACCCUUCGUCAGAGCGCUGAUCCACAACAACGGAUAGCUUGGUUUUUUUCCAAUUUUAUUAGCUUUUUAAAUAGAUUUAUAUAACACAACUUAUCUAGUAGUUGCGUUCCAUCUGCAAAGCUAGCCCAGUUGUUGUUGACAUCAGUUACGUGAAGAUGGUCUUCGUUAGGAAACAUUCAAUUAAAUUUUGAAACCAAAACACCCCACCCAAACAAACGAGGCGGAACAGAAAAGAUAUCAAGUACUCUCGAUUUUUAAAGUAGAUAAAGGCAGAUCUGCAAAAAUUUGUGAUGUUUUUAAAAUGUUGUUCUUAACCAAAAGUUAACGACAGUUUUCACGUCUAUUCGAAUCCAAAAGGCUGCUUACUGAUGCUUACCCCAAAUGCAGAGAAACUGAAGACUACUCGUGCUUUAUAAUAGACGACGCUGGUUUCUUGGUCAUGCAUGAGGACUUUAUGGUCCCCUCGGCCUCAGAAGAGGGUGGAGUCGAGAAUGUACAUAUAACCGAAAAAGAGAAACAUAUAGCACUACACAUGUUCCAAAACGGAUACUUGAAGAAAAAGAAAUGUCGCAAACUGGAAGACUUACAGAUGCAAACAUUUUAUGAGGUCACUUUACCAGAUGGCGGAGUCGAUGCGCUCGACAAUGUUGGGGGCUGUAACCGAUACCAACUCGGAAAAAUUGGAGGAACAAACGUGUAUUUAGGUUUGUAGAUAGAUAAACUAUUUGAAAAAGAACUCUAAUCUUCUCCAAGUUUACAAAUACUUUUUCUUAAAUCAUGAAUUGAAUGUAAAUAAGCCACUACCCUAUAGGCUGGGUGGUAGUUGAAAUUGGUGCUGAGAACUUUCCUAAAAUAAGCUGAGAUUUGGAAAGUGUCAGGCUCAUUUGGUUUUGGGGUAAAACCUUUUCAAUUUUUGACACAUGAGAACUACCAUUUUCUGAAAUACUUCACAAAUCCUUUUUUCUACAUCACCAUUUUGAAAGUUUUUAAUUCCUGGUCAUUACUUAAGUCACAUGUAUAUUUGAAUUUUACCCUUACAUUGACGCGGGAACACUUGAGCCUACGCGCCUGAUUUUUUCUCGCUGCCAAUGAUACAGAAUAAACAGAAACAAUAGUUUUGUGCUACGUUUUUCGCAGGAAUUUCUGUCAAAGACUCGAUCUGUUCUUCACAAGCCGAAUGCACCUGUUCCUCGGGCAAACAGUGUCUAAACCCAUCCUCCUGUGAAUGUCCAUGUCACUCCAAGCUUGUUUUCCGGUAUUGCCAUGGAGAGUUUCCCAAUAGCAGGUUGGAGUUAUUUCAAUACCUAUGUUUUCGUGGUUUGAUCCACCAUCUAUCUGAAUCGAGCGUAAUUCUUCGCGUGAUUAUCGUCUUAGUUAUGAUCUAUCAAAUAUUUUUGUCGCGCGCGAUUGAUCUAAGCGUAUCACGUGACCGAAUAUUCCCCAGCUAUUACCCUUGUGAUGAUCCCUAAUUUUCAAACCCUACGUCCAUUACGAUAUCUUCGUUUAAAAUUUAUUCCAAAAAGAGAGAAGGUUUUAUGGUUGUUGCUGAAGAAGAAGAGGCACCUCCCAAGCAGCAAAUCGUUAGCCGUUCGCACACAUUUCUUUUAUUUUUACGCGCGUGGCAAAGUAUUUGAAGGAUAAUAAACACAAUAACCUCUAUUUUGUGCCAAAAUAUGCUCAUAUAUUUUUCCAUGGAUGUUAUCUGUUCCUCGAAGCUCACAGUUUUGCUCAAGCUUCGGUUUUGGAAAACUGCUCGUAUCUUGGAAACGAUAACGACCGCUGUAGAAACCAAUCCCCCGCCUAGCCUCAAUCCGCGCGGCCAUCCAUACCAGUUUGACUUUCUCGCGGACCAUGAAAAUAAAAAAGUCUGAUCUCGAGUUCUAAUGCAAUCGCGAGUAUGUUCUUAUGCCAGCCGUAUUCCAAAAUCGUCCGGUAAAUUGCCCUUUCGUCGAGUUUCCGUUACUUCAUAUGUUAUUUCCAUCUUGUAAUUAGUUCUACCGUUCUUAAUUUAUUAUGUUCGUAAUACUUUAUUCAGAAAACGCUGGCAAUGGCGUGUAAAUAGAAGGGUUCGGUCGAUUUGAAGGGAAAUUUGAUUUCUCUUCAAUUUAUUUCUGAUGCGUUGGUUAUGACCGCGGAUAAAUAUCCUACAUAUAGUUCAAAAUGACUAAAAUGAAACACGCAUGAUUCCCUGUAACUCUGAGUUUCGUGCUUACGCACUCGUCAGACAGAUUUAAUUUCAAUUUUAGUCAUUUUGAACUGUAUUUCGCUCUACUCAUGUGUUUUGAGCACUUUCCAACAGCAUUUGCUACUAUUUCCCUCAAUUAUCCUACAUAUAUAUAUUUUCGAGCCAAAUAGAGGCCAUUGUUUAUUUGUUUUGCCAUGUACUUUCAGUCUUCCCAUUUGCCCAGCACUGGGACCAAAACAAGCAGAUUUUGAUUCAUUUUCUACUCUUAAGAGUGAAAAAUGUCUUGAAAAAUGCUUUGAUCCUCAUUGUGGAGAGAAGGAUGCGCAAAGAACAUGUGAUGGACUGGUAAGCUGUUAUUGGUGCAAGAAAGACAAAGACGGUAUAUCGUUGUCAAAACCUUACUGCGGCACCUCAGAAAAAUGUUUCAGAGGAACAGAAAAUCCGGUUUAUAGAGGUAAAAAGCUUUUCAAUGUCAUCCAUUAUCGGUAGCCCGUAUGAUUCGAUUACGUAAUUAAAAACAAAAAGAAUUUCCCCUUGCGGCCCGACCACACCUUCCCGCUGAUAAUUGCUGAAUUGCCAAACAAGUCGCCUCUUUUAAUUAAUUUCUUUUAAUGUAAGUUUCAAAUAAGAUCCACUCAUCGCGAUCGCUCAGAGCAUGUUCGAAUAAAUUUUAAGUUAGAGUGUAAUGGAAACGUAUACCCAGUCGAAGCGAUUAUGGCAGGUAAAUCUCUCACUUGUUAGCAAUGAUUAAAUGGCAAAGGUCCUUAACAACUAUUAUUUCUCGACUUCCGGUACCUUGUGGAUGAACGUCGUGUUAACCAAUUUCAGUUGUUAAGCUGCUAAUAAAGAUCAGGGUAAUGUACUUGGUUGACUGAGACGAUUAAUCAUAGUCUUAGCAUUUUCUAUACAACCUUAUAAUAAAGAUUUGAUAAUUUUCCCAUUAAUUCGACAGAUGAUGAGCAAAAUGACAAAAUUUGCCAACCCUCAACAGAUCGUGGAUCUAAAGGUUUAUCGGUGGCUGCCUCUGUUGGAAUUUGCAUAGGAUGUGUAUUUGCACUUUUGAUUCUGAUUGGAAUUUAUAAGGUGAGAUGCCGUAGUCAUCAUUAUAAUUUAUAUUCAUAUACUUUUAGGAAUUUUUCUUUUGCUAAAUAAGAAAAACAUAAAGCACGGGACAAAGGAACUAUUUCUCAUUCCGCAUUCGUGUCUAGGAUUCGAGCUUCAGAUGUUUCGAUUCCGGGUCAGAUGACUUAUCUCACUCUACAGAACACAGUGUGCGCGUCUAUUUAUAAAUUGCUAGUCUCCUUGAAAUUUGAAAUGGUAUCAAAUAGGAGUCUAAACGGGAAAUUUUAAUUGAAAAUGAUACAGAAUUAUGCUACUAAAGGUGUUCUUCAAGAAGUACAUUAUUGCCAUGCAUGCAAAAAGUUUCUUUGAAAAUUCCACAGUUGAACUAUAAUUUUUUUAAUUUGGUUGCUCUUUCCAAGGUUGUAAAGUGUCACCAAAAUACAGGACCACGCCCUGUGAGGACGUUUUCCACACAAAAGAGCGCUGCAGCUCAGUUAACCGAGCAUGAAAUGUCCCAUGGGAACCAAGGACACGAUUACGAGGAUCCCAGAGAUCUUGUGAUGCUACCCGGGCCACCCUCAUACAAUGAAGUGCUACGACAACAAAACCCAAAUUACAGUCCUCCGUUGCCCACCAUUCCUGAAUCAACAGAUCCUGCCGACGUACAACCGGUCAUUCCUGGGAGGAACGCGGUCAGGAAACAAUCGGUGAACAAUCCUCCUCCUGUUCCCCUGACAAGGAGACCAUCUGGUACCAUAGAACAUCCGGGAUUGUUUCAGCAUGGUACUCAACCGGCCAAGAACACGAAAAGAAAGUUUUCUCUUGACAGUUCUGGAGUUCUGACGUCUAAUGAAAGUCCACCACCAUUAGCUCCCAGAGCAAGAGGUUUUUCUCAUAUCACCCCCCCCAUAUUAGCCCAUGUUCCUGAACUGUCCACUGCCAGUCUUCCACAAAAAUCUAACGAAGCAGGGGAGUUAAUGUACAGCAACGCAAUAUCUACAGCCAGAGCUGCACGAGCACUACGUGAAGAAGAAAAGGAACAUGAAGAUACCAACGACGAUCUUGGCUAUGUAGAAUGUAUUCAUGCUCGGGAUGUCGCUGGGGAGCCGCAAGCAAUUUACGCUAAGGACUCAAAAUUGUAACAUUCAUUGCAGGAUAUUGUAAUAUAAUUUGACUAAGAUAUGAAGUUUUUCUCUGCGUGCAUGGGAGAUUUUUGUGAUCAAUUUAAGCCACGCAUGCGUUAGUACCACGAUCAUCAUUUAUCUACGGGCGUUAAACGCAAAACGAUAACAACAAGCUGUUUUUUUGAGGACUUAAAGAUAGACAGUGUUGCAGAGGCUAGAUUUAAGCAACUUUGCAGUGCUCGGUGCUAAUGUGAGAUCACCACGGAAUUGUUGAACCCACUUGGGUCCACAUAUUCUGUACCUAUACAAAAUGUGAACUGACUUGAUGCUUUAUUAAAUAAUCAUGUAAAACGAUUGCUCUUGAUAAAAAUGUCGAAGUUAUUAACCUUUUAUUUACAUUUCAUAUGAUAUUUCUAUUUAAUGGCUUUGACCUCCUCGAUUAAAAGGAUCCGUUUUGAUUUAAAAAUGAGACUUUCUUGCAAUUUACCUCACUACAACUUCUACUACU